UAGGCCAAAAACGCGUGCAUCCGCUGCAUUUUCAGAAAUUUCAUGAUCAUUAUACUAGCCAAGAUUCCCUCUAGAAUUAGAAUUAGCCAUAUUUGCCAACCAUGACGAUGUGCUGACCGGUCGGCUAAGUGAUAAUGGACAAAAUGUCGUGAAAGACCAUGCUUCAGUCUACAACAGAAGCAGGAUGUCUGCGAUAAGACUGGCUCAAGUUGCUGUCAGUGUCAACCCUGGUGAUGUCCUGGUGGGGCCAGACGAUGCCGAGUCUACCGUGUCAAAUGGACCUAGCCUGGCUGUGGAUGUUCUUGACACAAGGGAACUAACCAGCUCAGUCCGAAGGCAAGCCGAUACUCCAUCAAACCAUGGAGCUAUAAGCCCAAUCUCGGCACCACUCCCUCCAGUUCCACUUCUGACCUACGUUGACCUUCAGCCUGCUGGUGCUCGGCGGCCAGUACCCAUACAAGUCGUCUCUCCCUACGAUCUCAGUAAAGACACCGGUGUGUGUUUACCAGCCAUAGACACUACUAGGGCGCAUGCGCGAGUAGCGGACGUCCGAUUCCACUGUCUAACGCCAGGCCAACUACCAACACUCCCGCGGUCCAAGAAAACUACCAAGCUCAAAGUGAGCAACCAUCCUCCAGACCUCAACACUGCGACUCAUCAAAGAGAAGGAGCAGCAAGUGCCAUUGACGUCUUGUUGUCAAUCGAGGGCCAGGACCUGAAACUGCCUCCUCCCCGGACCCGAACGGGUGCCAGACGAGAGUACGAGAAAUCGAGACAUCGACCGAAUGCUGUCCGGGUCGCGAGCGAGUUGGGUUUUCCUCCAAGCCGUUUCCAUGGUGAUGACAUCCGAUCCUUAGAAGAGAGUUUGAAGAAGCUGCUGCUGUGUCAGUCCAUGGGCGUCAUCAUUCAGAUCACCAGACGCCGAGGUGACAGUGGCGGACUAGCACAGCCGGUGUUUCACUGCAGCAGGUGCCUGAAACACUGGGCGGAUUACGGCCGACUGCCACCCAACUGUAAUGAGCCCGAAGCACGCGUGAGCGGCCCUAGCUUCGCCAUCACAAGUCGAAGUCAGGAAAUACUGCAGAAGUUCACUCGGCUGACACCAGUCGACAAGCAAUGCUUCCUUGAGGCCAUUCAGACUCUGACAAUCCCGCCCCCAAGAGGCGAGAACAUCCCUUGCCCCUCCGUGUCUCAUACGUGCGACAAAGUGUGGAUGCCUGGAACGGGGCAUGUGAAGAUGUCGGUGACAGGGAUGGGGGAUGAGGCGGAUAAGACAGUUCGCACCACCCAGAGUCAACCUGUCCAAGUGGCAAGUGAAUCUGACAGCACCAUUUCGAUGAAUCGAGAUCCAACACCAGACAGACCACAAGAUACUGCGGUAUUGCCAAACGCUGUAUCGCAAUCCUUAAAAUUGAGAAGAAAUCGAGAAGGUGCCAAGUACUCCUCCCGGGAAGAUGAACACGAUAGAAGGCGCAAUAGGGAAGAUAACGACAGCAUUGAUAUAGGAGACGCCAAGGGAGAUCCCGAUUCCCGCCCUGUACAGACAGGAACUGAGCCCUGCUUGUUCGGUUCAACUAACGACACAAAAAGAGAUCUAACAAAUUCCGUUGCUGAGCAAGCAUCAAGUAUUUCUUCGAUUCAUGUUGUUGACCUGGACAAAGGCCUGAGCCCUCAGAAAUGUGAUGCAGCAGUAGCAACAAAGCUUGUUGAAGACAAUCAAGAGCUGGUUGGUGACCAAGCAUGUUAUUCAAAUUGUGUGAGUCCCAGAACUGAUGAUCCCUGGUCAAACGAAACAAGGCUUGGUGAAGGCGUUCCCAAUAGUCACAAACAACGGAAUGAAGAGGAAAGUCUACUUCCAGCAAAUGAAUUUCCUGUUGAUGAUGAAAUUGGGCUACCCGAAGAACACUUAAUGAAUAUCUCCCCGAACGUGAUGGAUGAUGAGCGACUCAAAGAAAAUGGAGGGGGAAUUUCCAACACACAUAACACACAAACCUGCGAAGUAGACCGAGAUAUGAUAUCUAAAGGUGAUGCGUUUCAGGACAGAGAAUAUUUGUCCGAAGAAGAGAAACCGGCUCAUGCAAUCUCAAAGGUUACAGUCACCAGAAAUGGACUUCUGCAAAAUCUGUCCAACGGAACGGCUUCGUUUAAUAAUUCUGCGGGUGCCGAUGAUGCCAAAUCCAACAAAUCAUUUGAGAGGCUUAUCAAUGAUGCAGAGGAUCCGGACAAGCGGGAACAAUCCGCAACACCUGAGAGACAGGAAGCUAAGUCGGCCAGAAGUAGUCUCUGUCGCCAUGGCAAUGGGGACUCUGAACAACCAGCUGGUCAAGAAAGGGCCAAUGGUCGAAAGAUCCCAAGCUCGACACAACAUUUGGGGAAGGGUUCGGCCUUGGAGAAAAACCGGCGCGAGAGCAGUGUCAGUUACAUGGGUGUGAUGCAAGACAGCGAGGAGAACCAAAAUAGAGGCACCUCAUCAUCAGCUGAAGAGGGUGCUACUUCACGAGGGAGUCAUUGGAAUAUUGGCAGGGGGAACAUGUCAGCGUCUAGAGAUCAGAUGGCAGCUCCUAUCAGAAACACUGCCGUUCGAAAUGUGACAGGAAAGCCAGACACUAGGCCAGGGAACCUAGAGCGGCACGUGUUUGCGACUCCAAGGGAAACCCUUGCCCAGACGAACGCUCUGGGCAUGGUCCCCAAACCAUCGGGGGAGGGUCUGGCAAAUGAUACCACCAAACAAAGCCAAGAUCGCAGGUAUCUCACACAGGACUCGGGUUCCAAUGCCUCAGCCCCUCGUCGGGAGUCUAACGCUGCAGCCACGGCACUUCCACCUCUGAACGCAAUGCCGAGACAGCUGCCUUCAAUGGGAGUCCAUGAUACUGAGCAAAGGUCUAAAGCCAGAGACAGGAAACGAUCCCUUGGGCUACCCAGAACCGACCAUGCACUGCAGGAGUUUGUCGACAGACAACAGGGGCAAGAGGACGUACCCAUCGCAAGAGAGAUCGAUGAGGAACAAAGGUACACAUCGAGACCAGGUAAAAGACAACCUGUUCCUCGAGAAAGGGAGGAAGGUGAAUCCAAGGGAAAAAUCCUUCCAAGGCAACUGACAGAACGCUCUCAAAAGAUUGACAAACAAAAAGCUCAAGAUGAUAUUGCUGAGCAGCUUGUCACAAAGCAAAAAGGCGAGAAAUUGUCACCGGAAUUAACCGACCGAUUUCUGCCAUCAAUUGCAUCCACAAAGGGAGAACUAAUGAGCAAGGAAAUCUCUGAUCAACAGGAAUUGCGAGAACGGGAAACUAAAUCACCCCAGAUGAAGUCUCUGUUCAGUCAGUUCGACAAUUUCGAGUUGAGUCUUUCCCCACCUCCAGCCGGCUCUCUGCCUCCCGUCUCUACGGACAAAUCUUUCCGAAUGACUUACUCCACCCUGCCAAAAACCUUUGACUGGGACACUCCCAGGCAACCCCCGCUAAAGAGCAGACAAACACCAUCCCCACCACAUAUGGGACUCGCUGGAAACCUUAACCAACAAAUGACAGACGAACUUCUGGAUGCCAAACUGAUGAAGCAGUCCACCGUGGUACGACACAGCAGCCGUGAUUUCUAUGACAAGUCAGCUCGCACGCCGUCCCGGGCUUCCGGCAAGCGCACCGGCGUUUAUCCGUCUGCCAGCGAGUCGUCCCAGGAAAGCUCGCCUGCGGAGAGUGUCUGGGAGUCCGUCAGCGAGGUCUGGCGGAGGCACACCUCGGAGCUGCAGAAACUUGAACGGAUGGUGGCCCUCAACUUCCUACCCCUCACGUCUGCUUUCACGUUCUCGGUGUUUGAGAUACCGCCCCAGUACCUGGCGCACAACCGCUCGCUCCGAGAACAGGCCAUGCACCUCAGGACACUGAAGAAGCCAAAGAAGAUUGUGAUGAAGUUUGCCAGUAAGGAGCAGAGGCAGGCUGCAAUGAGACCUCCUAUGAUCAGAAGGCCCGUAAAGCCUGUGAAAUGAGGGCAAAUGAGACAGACUCAAAGAACAUCUAUUUCAAUCUUAACACCAAUCAGGAUUGGAAGAGUAAGAAUGUAACAAUACCAUAAUAGGUUGGCAUAGAAUCAAAUAUUUUAAGGUAAUUUGACGAGGGAUAAUGUAAAAGUUUGGUGUCGAAUGGGACUGGGACAUAGUCUAACUAGCAUGCCCCGUCACAGAGUUGGAACUCUCACAAGAAAUCAGGAGGGAAAGUAGGUUGUACAAACUUCAAGUGACUUCCUAUUUUCCAUAAUUCCAAGAGUUUUGUUAUGCUUGCUUCGUGAAUCAAUUGAGAAGAAUUGACGGCUGAUUAGAUUUUCGAGUGGGUGGUGCAACACUCAAAAUUUUUAUAGUUGGAAACGGGGCCUCUUACUCUUCAGCAGACUAGACAAUAGUCCAAAAACAGUUUCAUGGUUUGUUUUCCUGAAACUAAAAGCCAAGCCGUUGAAAUAAGAAACAAAUUGUUUGUUUCUGUAUUCUCUCCCUGCCGUGCUUCUGCCAUAAAAUUGUGCCCGAGUAACAGUUAUCAACUGAUGAAGUUUGCAACCAUGGCUGGGUAGCGAAUUAUUUUUCUCAAACGAGAUCCAACAAUAUCAAAUGAGGGCGCUCUCUCUCUCUCUGCAUUAUGCAUAUUCAUGAUGUCCGGGGCUUUAGAGAAUAAGGCUGCAUCUGAAUCAGCUAUCUAGAGCUAUGUCUAGGUCUGCGCCCAUUGAAAAUACGCAGGGACGCGCUGACAAUAGACGUAGCCGUAGCUCUGGAAGCCCGUUUC